CUAACUUCCAGCAUUAUAUGUCAUUGUAGCGCUAUGGGGAAGAAGCAGACGGGCUUGACGCCCUACCAGGGCCCCAAACGGGUCUUCGGUGCCUUUCGCUGCGAGGACUGCCGCAAGCACUGGUACAGCGGCAACUCGUGGGCCAACACCGGUCAGCAGUGCAAGAGCUGCGGCGAGUUGGUGUACCCCUACAGCCAGCGGCCGCUGGAGAAGCGCGACAGCGACGACGAGGCAGUCGUCACGACCAAGCCUCACCCGGCGGCGCUGUGUGGCAAGUGCAAGCAGCUGGGCUACCCUUGCACAGAACUGGACAGCGAUGAGGAGGGCGGGGGCCGGCGGCGUGGCACUUACGGCCGAGACCUGGCGGGUCUGUUUGGAAGUCUGCGGCUCCGUUUAAGUGGUGUGCGGUGGCAGACUCCCGACACGCGGCGUCAGCGUUCCGCGUCCGUGUUCGCAGCGCCAAUGGGCCUACGAGUGCGGGUGUUGUCUUCAGCCCCCUGACAGUCUAGUUGUGCACGAGUGAGGCAAGGAGUGAGGUGGCCGGCUUGCUGCGUCCGUAAUGCAGUAAUCUGCUGCGGCUGCAGACUCUGCAGCCCGUGUGGUAUCAUAUUGAUGACUGAUGGGGGUUGGUUGGUUGGCUCAAAGCACGCGCAUACGGUAUAAUCCGCACGUUGUGUUGCAAGUUGCAAGGCGGCGACGCAGAGGCAUUACCCAGGGAACAACAGCUAUGUGUGAGCACCGCUGGCUCGCUCUGUGCCGUGAACUCUUGGACUCGGUAGGCUGUGUGCUCGUCACACGCGCUGAGGCUGAUCAGUUGUUGCAUGAACGUACAUUUAUU